GUGGCUGAGUGAGUUUAUCCCUAUGAGGCGGUGAGAGGCCCGGGGCCUACCUUAAAGGAGCGGGGUCGCGGCGCCAGCUAGCAGCGAGCCCCCUCCCGGUCCCCGGGCCCGGCGGCGCGGCGGCGGCGGCGGCUCGGUUGUGAGGAGGCGGGGAAGCGGGUGUCCGGCCCCAGCCAUGGAGGGCAUGGACGUGGACCUGGACCCUGAGCUGAUGCAGAAGUUCAGCUGCUUGGGCACCACCGACAAGGACGUGCUCAUCUCUGAGUUCCAGCGACUGCUCGGCUUCCAGCUCAACCCGGCCGGCUGCGCCUUCUUCCUGGAUAUGACCAACUGGAACCUACAAGCAGCAAUUGGCGCCUAUUAUGACUUUGAGAGCCCAAACAUCAGUGUGCCCUCUAUGUCGUUUGUUGAAGAUGUCACCAUAGGAGAAGGGGAGUCGAUACCUCCAGAUACUCAAUUUAUAAAAACGUGGCGGAUCCAGAAUUCUGGGGCAGAGGCCUGGCCUCCAGGGGUUUGUCUUAAAUAUGUCGGGGGAGACCAAUUUGGACAUGUGAACAUGGUGAUGGUGAGAUCGCUAGAGCCCCAAGAGAUUGCAGAUGUCAGCGUCCAGAUGUGCAGCCCCAGCAGAGCAGGAAUGUAUCAGGGACAGUGGCGGAUGUGCACUGCUACAGGACUCUACUAUGGAGAUGUCAUCUGGGUGAUUCUCAGUGUGGAGGUGGGUGGACUUUUAGGAGUAACGCAGCAGCUGUCAUCUUUUGAAACGGAGUUCAACACACAGCCGCAUCGCAAGGUAGAAGGAAACUUCAACCCGUUUGCCUCUCCCCAAAAGAACCGACAAUCAGAUGAAAACAACUUAAAAGACCCUGGGGGUUCCGAGUUCGACUCGAUCAGCAAAAACACAUGGGCUCCUGCUCCUGACCAAACCGAGCAAGAUGAGAAUAGACUCUCACAGAACUCUGUAAAUCUGUCCCCCAGCAGUCACGCAAACAACUUAUCAGUAGUGACUUACAGUAAGGGGCUCCACGGGCCUUACCCCUUCGGCCAGUCUUAAACGGGUGUCGGCAAGAAGAAAAAUUAACAAAAGACAGAAGGCCUGACUUUGGAUGGGGGGGAGGGCAAGGGGUUCCUCUGGAUUGCAGACCACAUCGCAUGGACCCCUGGCUCGACCGCCCCCCCCGCAUCCUGGAAGAAGAGGAAGAAGCAGAACAGACUAGUUUUGAGUAAACUCAGUGCGCAUGUGUGAGUGCUGAACCGCAGGAAUGGUGUUGAGGCUACUAAGAAGAAAUCCAUGCAGCCACCUUGGGUUUUGUUUAAUAGGUGUCAGUCUAACAAGUCAUUAGGUCACUCGGGAAGGAAAAAAUUUUUUAAUGGGGGAAAAAAAGCCAUCUUUUUAAACAAAAAUUAUUUUGCCUACAGACAGGUUGUAGUUUUGAGCACAUGUUCAUUUUUUGCCCUCUUGCCCCACUUUUGUUUUUAGAUAAGGGAUAACAUGCCCUUUAUAGAUUAGCUGCUUGCUCUGGAAGCGAUUCAGGUUCAAAGCUGGUGUGGCAUGUGUGGGGACUCUUCGGGUCAGUGCUACAGGAGGACAUCUCCUGGGCCACAUGACUCCAGAGGUUUCUGACCCCAUUCGUUUUUAAUGGCAUCAACCAAUGAGUUGUCACCCUUUUCCUCUUCUUUUCUCUUUAAUCUUCUGUUGAUUUACACCUUUAACAUUUGUAUUUGUCAACCCCUGUGGCUUGUUACCAUCAGAACCUCUCUGAAGACCAAACUUCCCUGUGUGGCCAGCAGAGGAAGCCUUGAGGACAGAUCUGGGGUAACAUGGGAAUUUCUGAGCCCAAAAGGUGUCCUUCUGCACACAGUUAACAUCAAUUCAAUUGCUUUUCCUCCAUGUUUCUCUUGGCAGAGAGAAUUGCCAUCACACUUAAUGCUCUUUUGGAUUCUUCAUACACUGUGGCUCCCCGUUCACUCUGGGAACAGUGCCUCUGUGCUGUAUGUAUGUGUGUGCCACAUGCACACACAUAUUGGGUGUUGGUGCAGCUCACCAGCAAGUGUGCAGCAGGCGGGUGGAAAGGUGUCCAGGCUUCUCUGUUGUCACACAACUCCCUUCCCUGUGUUUCCCUUCCAUUGUCCUUUGUGGUAUUUUCAUAGCCUGUUAGUGGAGGCUGAGCUGUUAAGGUAUGAAAAUACAGCCCCAAGUGGGGAAUUGGCCAUGGGGAAGGGCCACAGUUACUGACUGUAUGAUUUUAGAGAUCGCAUUUUGAUGAAACGAGAGUACCACCACCACCCUCCCUCCCCCAAGCUGGAUGCUUGGUUAUUGGGAAGUGGUGGGUGAGGGGCAGCCCAGCCAGAGCAGAGGCUAAUUGGCUGGCUGCUCACUUGGGCAUGUGACCCCACUAGCAUCCUAUGGAUUCCAAGCAGGUUGAGAUGUGGAUCUCUCCAUGGGAAGCUUGAACCAGGCUAGAACAGCUGUCUGCCAAAGAUACAAGAAUAUGCAAGUCCCUCUUCUCUUUCCUUCUCAUCCUCUCCUUCCCGUGAGUCUUGGUUGGUUUGAUAGCCGGGGAUAUGGAUCUAGGGUGUGAUUGUAGGGUCACCUGCUUGUUACCACACCCCCACCGACACCAGGGGUGUGAGACAAGCAGGGAGACCAGGUGAUGAGUGGCUGCAAGGGGUCAUAUAGCCUGGGUGUGGGUGAGGGUCUGCCUGCCCGUCUGUCUCUGUCUGUCUGGGUAUCUCAGUUCCAAAAAUGUGUGUUGUUUGUUCCUCCUCAUCCUCUUCUGAGACUGUUGUUUUUUAAAGCUUGAUUGUGGGAGAAAAGCUUGUAUGAAAUUUCCCCCUUCACCUCCCCACCUCCCAAAAAAUAAAAGGCAGGAUAAACUUUG